CAUCGAGGUGCAGGUCAGAUCUUCUUCACACGAACAUCUUCCUACGGUAAAAAGAAGUUGGACGCUGCCAGUGCCGUGUUUCCAGGUGAUGUCAUCUCGGGUCAUCUUCUGAUGUCAUGGCGACCUCUUCCUCCUCCUCACAAGGGUCGGCUCCUGGUGUCCUGGGAAAGGUCCCACAAACCCCCGGGGAUCUUAUCAUAUAUUCUCUGGAGGAUCUGAAUGGAAGUGACUUCAAGAGAUUUAGGAACAAAUUGUCUGAUUUCUCCUAUGAAGAUAAACUUCCCAUCCCCCAAGGAAAACUAGAAAAUGCAGACUGCAUCACCACCAAGGAUCUCCUGAUUGGCAGAUAUGGAGAAGAAGGGGCUCUGGAUGUCACCAUUCAUGUCUUUACACUCAUCGUUCUGAUGGGACCCGCAGAUGACCUCCAGGAGAGGAGAGCACAACAUGCCAAACUGAAGAAGACGACACAUGAGAAAACAUUAUCAGACAUCAGUAAGGAACACAGUGAGUCUGAGAAAGAGAAGUUCCAGAGGAUUCCAGAAUAUAAUUCCCGUAUGGGGGAGGCUGUUCAUCUACAGGAAAUAUUCACCAAGUUAUGGAUGAUAAUUGGACCCCGGAAUAAAGAGGGAAAAGAAGAAGAAAUAAAUAGUUCAGGGAGAAGACAUCUACAGAACAUGGAGAAAAGAUCCCCAACCACAAUCCCGGCCCUCUUUGACCCUGAUAAAUGUGGGUUCAUCCCUAAGAUUGUUGUGUUACAAGGAGCUGCUGGGAUUGGGAAAACAGUGACCUCCAAGAAGAUCAUGCUGGACUGGGCCUCUGAGGAUCUCUACCGAGACAAGUUUGACUUUGUGUUUUAUCUGAGCUGUAGAGAAAUCAACACCAUCCCUGGAGACAUAAGUCUUGUGGGACUUUUAUCCAAAACCUGCAGACUGAGUUCAGGUGACCUGGUGUCUAUUCUGGAGGAUCCUGGAAAUCAGAGAAAACUUCUGAUCAUAGUUGAUGGGUUUGAUGAACUGAGGUGGACUCUGGAGGGGAAAUCUGAGGGUUGUCCUGACAUUUCUAUGGAAACCCACAAAGAAAUAAUAAUCCAAAGCUUGCUCAGGAGACAGGUUCUCCCAGAAUCUUCUCUGAUCAUCACCACAAGGUCACUGGCCAUGAAGAAACUUAACACAUUCAUUGCUGAUUCUCGUAAUGUGGAAAUCCAGGGAUUUACAAGGGAAGAUCGGGAGGAAUAUGUCCAUAAUUUCUAUGGAAAUAAAGAAGAUGCAGACAAGGUUCUCCGUAUAAUAAAAGACGAUGACGUUGUGUACACCAUGUGUGCUGUCCCCAUCACAUGCUGGAUUGUCUGCACUGUAAUGAAACAAGAAAUAAGAAAAGAUUUGGCUUUAAUUCGGUGUCAUACGAUGACUUCAAUUUACCUUCUCUACCUGGAGAUUUUACUAACCCAUCACAGCAAUACGGAGCCAUCUGUACCCAGGAAACAAACCUGUCUGAAGAAGCUGUGUGCUCUGGCCAAUCAGGGACUUCUGAACCAACAAAUCUUAUUUGAGAAGAAAGAUCUAGAAAGACAUGGACUUUCUCUGGAUGAGGUGGAGUCUGUAUUUCUGAAUGAGAACAUCUUUCAUUGGGACGUCCGAACCCAGACCUGCUACAGCUUCAUCCACCUGAGUGUACAGGAGUUCCUUGCUGCUCUCUAUUAUGGGAUGGAUGAUUGGUUUGGAUUUAUGAAAAAUAUUUUCCUCCCAAAGAUCUGUAAAGGGAAAUCACUCCAUGACCUCAGUUCAGAUUACUCACAUUUAGCAGUAUCUGUACAAUUCAUGUUUGGUCUCCUAAAUGAAAAUCAGGUGAAGACAUUCUCAGAGAUCACAGGAAUCCCCAUCUCACUCCGAGCCAAACCUGCAAUGAAAAAAUGGGCCAUGAAGGACAUCAAUCAGAAUUUCUGUACUCGGACCAUCUUCUGUCUGUAUGAGACUCAGGAUGAGGACUUCAUUAGGAGAGUCAUGUCUGGAUGUACAGAUUUGAAGCUGAGGGGCUCACAUACUGGUCACUUGUGGAUGGACAGGAAUUAUUCCAAGCAGCUGAACUAUUGCUUGAAGACUUUGAAGAGAGAAAGUUUUCAGUCUUUAUAUUUUAUAUCUCUCACUGUGGAUCCAGAGUGCCAGAAACUUCUCUCUCCAUUCCUACACAGGAGUCAGAAGGUCGGAUUUGUGCGUUGUACUAUUUCCAGUAAAGAUUGUCCGGGAGAGGACAAAGCAGAAGAAGAAGAUUCCUGCUCUUCAGGAUAUAAAAUGAAGUGUGAUUCUCUUUCCUUUCUGAUGAACCCGGAGAGUAAAAUUCAGGAAUUGGGAGCUGCUUCUUCUCUACAAAGUUCUGCCUUCAGUACCAUCUCUCCACUGCUGCUAAGGACCCGAUGCCCAACCUCACCAGAGCACCCUCAUCUCUCCACUGCUACUAAGGACCGGAUACCCAACCUCACCAGAGCGCCCUCAUCUCUCCACUGUUUCUAAGGACCGGAUACCCAACCUCACCAGAGCGCCCUCAUCUCUCCACUGCUACUAAGGACUGGAUACCCAACCUCACCAGAGUACCCUCAUCUCUCCCUCUUUCAGGUCUUAGCCAUAGCUGUCUGUUAGGUUCAACAACACCCCAUUAGAUGCCCCCCAACCUCACACAGACAUGGGCGGGGUUACAUAUAACAUGAAUUAAUAAGCAGUUUUACACCGCAAAAAGAAAAGGGUGUCCUAUCCCUUCAUGGACACCUCUGAAGGGUCUGAAACAUUAGACAAGUGUUUGGAUCUCACCAACCUGGAUGUGUAAAGGUCGGGGGGUCCAUCCCAAUUAUUGGAGGAACAUGCCUUGUAUUCUAUAACAUACACUACAUGACAUGGGUUGUAGGUCAUAUAUUGUCUGAUUGGAGACUUUAGAUGUCAUCUCCUGGCUGACAUUCUGUCCCUUCCACUAUCUGCAGAUUAUCAGAGAUGGAAUAGUGAGGAGACAAUAGAGAUCCUAAAGGGGGGCUUUUCUCCUUGGCAGUCCUUGUGUAGAAUAUCAGAUGAUUGUCAGAAUAGAGAACAGGUGAGUUCUUCUUCAUAAUUCUCCCCAUUUCUCCUCUUCCUCUGAAGAACGGAUUACACAAGUCACACAUGUGUCUGGACUGUGCUUCCGUUUAGAUAUAGCCCCGGAGCUGAUAGGGAAACAAUAGGAGGAGGGACGGCAUGACAGGGAGGGACAGUUCAGGGAUGCAGCGUUUAGAAUGGGGUUUGCAUUAAGGGAGUAGGAGUGGCCCAGGGAAAGGAGGGGCUGCUGGGAGAACAGUCGGGUAGGGAGGAAGUGACGUAUCGUCACUCCUCCAUUUUACAUCAGGAAGAAGCGUCCCACCCACCCUCUCCAGGUUGCAGGCAGGAAGGGGGGCGGUGUUGGGUCUCUGGAAGAGGAGAAAAGGCAGGAAGUUUUAGGAAAACAGUAUUACCCAUAGGUGGUAUGGGGCUUACGGGUACCUUUCGGUCAACGAGGAUUGACCAGGAAGGAGUAAACAUGUAGGUCACUGCGGACAGGUGUACUGCCUCUGAGUCGGGGUCUUGCCACUGAGGCCGAAGUUAAAUAG